AUGCGGCACAGGGUGACAGGGAGACGAGCCCGGAAGGUGGAGGGAGGCGUGUUUUUUCCAAAGCCAGAGAACGCAGUGACCGUGGCGGUCUCUUCUCGGGUCUUGUUUCGGACCGAGCUGGAGCAGAAGGUGUUUGAGCAGAAAGGGGUGGAGGAGUAUCUGAGGUACCAGAUCGAACACGAGAACGAACCCUUCGCCCCCGGACCCGCCUUCCCCUUCGUCAAGGCUCUGGAGACGGUGAACGCUCGCCUGCGGGAGCUGUACCCUCAAAGCGAAGAGCUGUUUGACAUCGUUCUGGUGACGUACAACCACGCCCACGUGGGAAUCCGCCUCAUCAACACCAUCAACCAUCACAACCUGUUCAUUGAGAGGUUCUGCAUGACGGGGGGAAGCAGUCCCAUCGGCUACCUGAAGGCCUGGCAAACCAACCUCUACCUGUCCGCCGACGCCGACAAGGUCAGGGAGGCGUUGGCUGAAGGCAUCGCAGCAGCCACCAUGUUCAUGACGGAGAAGCUGACGGAGGUAUCGGAGUCCCAGCUCCGGGUGGCCUUCGACGGUGACGCCGUCCUCUUCUCCGACGAGUCGGAGCGCAUCUUCAAGGCUCACGGGCUGGACAAGUUCUUCCAACACGAGCGGGACAACGAGGACACGCUACUGGAUCACGGGCCCCUGAAGGGCUUCCUGGAAGCUCUGGGGAAGCUCCAGAAGAAGUUUUACGCCAAAGGCCAGCGCCUGGACUGUCCCAUCCGAACCUACCUGGUCACCGCUCGCAGCGCGGCCAGCUCCGGCAUCCGGGCGCUGAAGACGCUCAGGGCCUGGGGCCUGGAGAUCGACGAGGCCCUGUUCCUCGCGGGGGCCCCCAAGGGCCCCAUGCUGGAGAAGAUCCGCCCUCACAUCUACUUCGACGACCAGAUGUUCCACGUGGAGGGCGCGGCCGAGAUGGGCACCGUCGCCGCCCACGUGCCCUACGGAGUCGCCCAGAAACACAACCGGCCCCAGGACCCCGGCGCGAGGAAGUGACCUCGGGUACUCAGCCUGGCCUGGUCCCUCCCCUGUGUGUUGGAUUCGAAGAUGCUUGAUCGACCACGGCGAUCUGCUUACUUCACCCGCUGCUAGUCUUCAUAAAGAGAACGCUUCUUCACACGGAGACGACGCAGCGCGUCAGCAGUUGAAAUGAGCAUUUAUACGGUUAAAGGUUAAAGGGACAAAGUGCCCUCAAACUACGUUCUUGGAUGAAAUCUCACAAAGAGUUAUUCCUUAUGUGUGAUGCGAUUUUCUACGAAAACUACAUUUCUGUGGUUCACAUGCAUCCGUCUUCAGAGGACAGUCAUGAGUGUCAGUGAUUCCACUCAAUGUCUUGUAUGUUACUGGAGAUGUCGACAUAAAGUACUAUUGUGUUAGUCAACAGCAAAGCCAUACAUUUCAGUCGGUGCCUUAGUUUCAGUGAAGACACCGUUCUUAGCCAGUAGGCCGUCACCAUCGGGUUGAUCGAUAAAGUUCAGCACAGAGGCUUAUAGUCUGGAGAGAAUGAAAUAAUGAAACGUGAAAAAGUUGACGGGGAUCCCCCUGACCUUUUGAGAUACAUCUUGAGAUACUCAAGCCAUUAGCAUGCAAAACAGAACUGACAUUUCACAUGUCUAAAAUUACGAACCCGAACCCGAAGUGUAAUAUUUAUUUCACAACACGGCUCGGGCUACAAGACUAAGAAAGGUUGUGUCGGUAUGUUUGAUUCACUUCAGCGUUCCGGUGUGUAUGACACGGUCUUAUUGCUGCCCUGGUGAUAUUACAUCCUCAGGUACCAGCAACCAGGAUCCGCCUUCACUCUGCUGCCCCCUGCUGCACGUCGGGGGGGGGGGGGGGGGGGGGGGGGCUCGCACAGCCAUCCCUCUGCUCAGCCGCCAUCCAACCGUUUAACCAAAUAAAAUACAGCCGACAAUCAUGUUUGGCGUUUGAUGAUUGUCCUCCACUGACACCACGGCCACACCGGCCUCUUGGUGGAUAAUCAAACCACUUUGAUUGCACAUUUAGGAGAUGUCGUUUUUUUGGCAGAAUCAGUUAGGUCUAAAUAGAUAGAUUGAUAGAUAUAGAUUAAUGCAGAUUGCAAAACAAAAUUGUGGAGAAAAAAAAGAAGAAAAAACUAAUUAGAUAAACACUAAUAUAGAUCUCAAUCAGAGCUCUUGCUUUACUAGACGGACUCAGGACUUCCGUAUUAAGAUUGUGCACUUCUUCACUCCACCAUUGAGUGGCAGCACUGGAAUGAUCAAUGACCUGCAGCGCCAUUCACAUGUUUUUAUUUAGGAGGAAAUCCUCCCUUGGUAUCGGAUAUUAUGAAAGUUGAUGCAUUAAACAUUUUCCUCUUCACGUCUU